GACAGAAUAGCUGCAUUUCAAUUCGAAACCAGAUCAACAUGCGGAACUACGCCCUCGCCCUCGUCGGAGCCCUCGCCGCUCGAGCCUCUGCCGAAUGCACGCUCGAUGUGCUGAUGACCGCUACGAACGACCUUUUCACUGCGCAAACGGCGGGCAACACACAGGCUGCCUCCUUUGCCGAUACCAUCAAGUACAUGGAGAACCGAAAGACGACCGACAUCACCAAGGGCAUUCUGUCUCAGGCCCUCAAGAUCGACCACAACCGCAGUCAGCACGACGUCACUCAAUGCGCCGCUUUCAGCGAGUUCAUCGUUACCAACUCCGCGAAGCCUUAUGUGAUUGCGACGCAGAUGCGUCUCGAUAACACGACGUAUAAGGUUAGCCAGAUCGACACCAUUCUCACGACGAAGGGCGACUGGCUGUUCAACGUCACGGGAACUAUGUACUGGGCCUCGCGCGAGAAAUGGGACGAGAUCCCCGCCGACAAGCGCGACUCCCGCGCCGUCAUCCAGGCCGCCGCUGACGCUUACUGCGACAUCUUCAACGAUAAAAACGUCAAGGUUCCGUGGGGCUCGCCAUGCGCGCGCUUGGAGGGAGGCUCGUACACCGGCAAGGGCCAGGCGAGCGAUCGAUGCGAUGUCGGUAUCCCGAGCGGAGUGAAGCUGAUCAAUCGUCAGUACGUUAUCGAUGAGGCGUACGGCACGGUAGACAUUCAGAUGGACUUUGGCGGUGCCGGUGGACUGCCGGAUAGCCAUGAGUUUAGGAUUGAGGGUGGGAAGAUUCGGUAUGUGCAUACGCUGUCGUCGUGUGGUGGGAAGUCGUGCAUGUAA